CUUCUUCGUCUGUUUCAUUUCUUUCUUUACUUUUCCAUCAGCUUGUGUAUCCGUUUACUCAUCGUUUCACCACCUAUCCAGCAAAAGCCGAGCUGUUCGCAACUUAUCUGCAACAUACGCACUAUAGCCAUCCAUAACAGGUGAAUAUACAUACAGAGUCCGAAGCACCCAUACUACAACGAGACAUCCGAGUUUAUCAUGUCAGGUCAGGGUCAGAACUUCUCCGAGGAAGAACGACAGGCAGCAUGGGCAGCAUAUUACGCUCAACAAGGAUAUACUCCUGAGCAGAUUACUGCAGCAUUAGGCGGCUCUAGCGGCGCUGGGUCUUCCUCUUCUUAUGCCGAGUACAGCGUUGGGCCUUACCCUUCUUCCUCUUAUGCUCCAACCGCGGCGGCAACCACUGGACCUUACCCUGCGGCUCCUAGCAGCUAUCAACAAACCUUGUAUGAUUCUGAUAUUUUGCAGCAAUCCUCCGUGUAUACACCUGAAGGAGCUGCAGAGGCGUCCAAACAUGUUCCCAAGAAGCAAGGCAAGAGAGCCACCGUCAUCAGAAAGGGGAAUGGCAAGGUGUGGGAGGACCCGACACUGGUGGAAUGGGAUCCUAAGUGGUUCAGAUUGUUCGUUGGGGACGUGAGUAAUGAUGUGAACGAAAGGACGUUGGAUGAGGCAUUUGCCAAGUACCCGAGCUACUGCAAAUGUAAGGUCGUAAGAGACCGAUUAAGUCUCAAGGCAAAGUACGCUUUCAUCGCUUUCAAAGACCCAGAAGAUUUCCUCAAGGCUUGGAAAGAGAUGGAUGGCAAGUAUGUCGGUAACAGGCCAAUCCGGCUCUCCAAGAUCAAGGAUGACAAAUAUGGAUCUAUUAAGACCGUUGAGAUUAGCGGAAAGAAGGCCCGAGCACUCGAGAAGAUUCGCAAAAAUCACGGUAAGCCAUUGAACGGCCGACCGGUACCAUUCUAGGUGGACCUUUGCAGCUACGAGAGAUAGGCGUUUGUUGUUACAGAUAGAAUGAGGUCGGCGCAAUUGGUCAUCUUCAUGUGCUGCAUUCGUUAAUCAGAGUGGGACAAGUUUGACGAAUGAAAUUUUGUUUUCGUAUGCACAUUAUCAUGCAC